UCCGCGCCUUCAGCCGGCUGAAGCUGAAGGAAUCUGGCUUUCACACCGGGGCUGACCCGCUAUUCCACCUGUCCUGUGGGCUGCUGACACGAGUGGGAUCCACCGCAGGGAGAGCGGCCAUCUGGAGCGUGUUUCAGCCGGGAUCCGGGAACUGCAGCGGGAUGGCAGCGCUGGGCAGCGCCGGGCGCUUGUUCCACUUUGCCAGGAGCAACGUUGGGUUGACGUUAAGGAGACGAUCCACGGCUGCAGCUUUAGCUCAGAAUGCAGCUCCAGAAACACAGGAGAGCAGGAAGCCUAAAACAGGAAUCCUGAUGCUGAACAUGGGCGGUCCGGAGAAACUGGAAGACGUCCACGACUUCCUGCUGCGGCUCUUCAUGGACACCGACCUGAUGAAGCUUCCUGUUCAGAACAAGCUCGGCCCUUUCAUCGCCAAGCGGCGCACGGCGAAGAUCCAGGAGCAGUACAGCAAGAUCGGCGGAGGAUCGCCCAUCAAACACUGGACGUCCAUGCAGGGCGAGGGCAUGGUGAAGCUGCUGGACGACAUGAGCCCCGACACAGCUCCUCACAAGUUCUACAUCGGCUUCCGGUACGUGAACCCGCUGACGGAGGACGCCAUCGAGGAGAUGGAGCGGGACGGCGUGGAGCGAGCUGUGGCCUUCACCCAGUAUCCCCAGUACAGCUGCUCCACCACAGGCAGCAGUCUGAACGCCAUCUACCGUUACUAUAGCAACAGAGGAGACAGGCCAAAGAUGCGCUGGAGCGUCAUCGACCGCUGGCCCACACACCCCCUGCUGGUGGAGUGCUUUGCUGAACACAUCAGAAAUGAGCUGCUGAAGUUUCCAGACCAUAAGAGGGAAGAUGUCGUCAUUUUGUUCUCAGCUCAUUCGCUUCCAAUGGCAGUGGUAAACCGAGGCGACCCGUAUCCGCAGGAAGUGGGCGCCACGGUGCAGAGGGUGAUGGAGCGACUGGGACACUGCAACCCCUACAGACUGGUGUGGCAGUCCAGGGUGGGCCCCAUGGCGUGGCUCGGCCCCCAAACCGACGAGGUGAUCAAAGGCCUGAGCGAGAGAGGGAAGAAGAACAUCCUGCUGGUUCCCAUCGCCUUCACAUCGGACCACAUAGAGACGCUGCAUGAGCUGGACAUCGAGUACGCUCAGGUGUUGGCCGAAGAGUGUGGAGUGGAGAACAUCAGGAGAGCAGAGUCGCUGAACGGAAACCCUCUCUUCAUGAAGGCCCUGGCUGACCUGGUCCAGUCCCACCUGAAGUCCAACGAGCCGUGUUCCCGCCAGCUGACGCUGCGCUGCCCGCUGUGCACCAACCCAACCUGCGGCGAGACCAAGGCCUUCUUCGCCAGCCAGAAACUCUGAGGCUCUCUGACGCCGCCGCGCCGCCGCCGCGCCGCCAAGCUUCAUAACAAACUCUGGAGACACUGAAGGCCUUCUGCUCGCCAACGACCCGCCGGAAAAAAGCAGCAAAAGUGACUGAAUUCUGUCGCAAGUUAAUUUUAAAUAUUGAUUUCUGGAGCUUCCCUUUGGUUGAAGUCUGUAGAUAAAGGAAUCGACUCUUUUACUUCUUUGAGUUUAUUUUUCUCCCAUCCCUUCAUGUUCGUCACCGACUGCAGAGAGAUUUAAUUAAAUUGCUCAAAACAUCCUGCAGGUAUUAAUCUCAGACCCAGUGUGGAAAACGGCUUUUUAGGGAAACUGUAGAUGGAAAAUGAAAGUAAAUUUUAACAAAAAAAAACGUGGAAAAUUUUGAGAUUAAGCUCAGAAAUAUUCUAGAGAAAAACUUUGACAUUUUUUGAGCUUCAAGUAGAAAAUUUGCAAGAAAAAGCUCAGAAAUGUUGAGAUUAAUCUCAGAUAUUCUGGAGAAACUUGUAAAUCUCUUGGCUCCAAAAGUCAAAAAUUUGCAAGAAAAAACUCAGGAAAAAAAAAAGGUAAAUUUUCUGAGUUUCCAAAGUCGAACAUUUUUGACAUCUGGAACUCAGAAAGUUUUUUGGAGGUAAAUUUACUUUUUUCCAUCUAUAAACAGCCUUUAAAGACUAGUGUGUAAAAACGUGGGCUCUGUAGUUUUUCUGCUCUUUGUGCCUUUUAUACACUGGAUUCUCUGGACUGCUUGAGUAAAAUCCACCACAUUUGUUCCUGCUGUGACUUGACCCUUUGACAGCUUGAAGAGAAACACACAUCAUUGUUCUUGUUGAGCUGAACAUCUUUACCUGGGUUGAACCAACUGAAAAGGUUUAGCUAAUUGUAAAACUGAGCCUUCUACAAGCUAACUGAAACCAUCUAAGCUAACGUAAAAAGUUUAAUUGGCUAAUUCUGCGUCCUGUUUACUUCAGAAGUUGAAGCUAGCAGUAAAACGUAGCUUUCUACAUGCUAACUGAAAAUAUUUAGCUGACAAUAAACUAACAUUAAAAGUUUAGACGGCUAAUUCUGUGUUGUAUUUACUUUGCAAGUCAGAGCUAACAGUAAAAGCUAGCCUUCUAAGAGCUAACUGUAAACAUUUACCUAACAUGCUAACUGAAACGAUCUAGCAGACAUUAAGCUAACUUAAAAAGUGGAACUUUUUUAAACAAAUAUUUUCCUAGCUAAAAAGUUUUACUUUGCUAACUGGCAGGUUUCAGCUAACAUUGAGAAAACUAAAGUUUGGUUUGUUGUAAGAUGACCAGAGGAUUGGUUUAGUGAGUUGACAAAAAGGUGCUAGCAAGCUGAAUAGCAAAGGUUUAGCUUGCAGUAGGCUAACUGAAAGGCUAACAGUUACCUACUAGUUGGUUUGCUGAAAUAGUUUACAUGUGUGUAAGUUAACUGAAAAGAUUUUAUCCAUCUUUAAACAGUUUAGCUUGCAGUAAUUUGAAAAGGCUAAUCAAAUAGAAAACAGUUAGCUUACUGUUAGCAGAAUGCAAAGGCUUAGCAUGCAUAAGCUAACUAGCCACGUUUGGCUCAUUUACAGAGAGAUUCUACAGUAGUUAUGAACAAGGCUAUGUUUAAUGCUUGCUGUAAUAACAUUUAGAAGGAAGCUAAAUGGUUUUCCUUUAGCAAUACCAAUUAAGCUAGCAUGCGCUACCUUUACUAGAGCUGUCAUUGCUUAAAAGUCUUUACUUUUGGUAAAGAUGGAACAUUAUUCCCAGCUUUUCAGAGUUGUUAUCUAUGAUGAAUCUCCAUGAAGGCAUAUUUUAAAAUUAUUCCUUGAUGCUAAUCUACGCACAGAAUAGCCUGUUGUUGUUCUUCCACUGGAUUAGAAAGGAUGUGUGUUUGUCCAUCUCUUAUUUUUAUAUAUAUUGAUUGAUAUGAGUGUUUUAAGGUGUUAGCAAAGAUCUUCAUGUUCUUAAAUGUGUUUGUUGAAUUUUCUUAUGUUUUUCAUGAUUGGGUCCUUUUCAAUCGGCAAUUAUGCUAAUCGAUGCUAACCAAGAAUCUGGUAACAUUCUGACCCGAAGCUACUUAUUAUAACAUUAAUAAAAUGUUGUGUAUUAUAAAAAACUACUUUCUCAUUUUAAUAUUUAAAGCUGUAGAUCUACUCUGUGAAGUGUUCAGGUCAAAAGGAAAAACUAAACUCUCUUCUGUCUCCUAAUUUAACUCUAAUGCAGCUUAAAACAAGGAACUGUUGCCACAUGUGAAGCAAAAAUAUUACUUAGUUUUUUGGAUUUAUUUAAGAUUUUGUUCAAACCAUGUCUUGAAAGUAAUGUAAAUAUAGUACAAGUUAAAAGUUUGAAAGCAUUUAUUUGUUGAAAUAACUGGUGCUGUAUGAACUUUGACAUGGUGUUACAUAAAUGAUGAGGUCUUCCUUCAAAAUAAUAUAAAAAUCUGUUCCUAAAACUG